UUUCAGGAUAAGUAUUCUCGUGUGAUGAGAGACAAGGCGGAGUUGACGGACAAGGCAGACAUGUUGGAGCACAUGGUGACUCAGCUACAAGGGGAGACGGACACUAUAGGCGAAUACAUCUCCCUGUACCACCACCAGAGGGCACUGCUCCAGCAGCGGGAACAUCAAAAGAAUGAUUACAUCACCCAGCUGGCCAGGGACAGAGAGGAGAUGCAGGGUAAGCUCGGCCAGCUCCAGGCCUUGGUGAUGCAGCUUCUGGGGGAGAGGAACAUGCUGCACAGCUACACCGAGGAGGCCUCGCGACCCGCCGACAACUCCGACCUCGAGCAGCAUCUCAACUCCUCCAUUUCACACAAACAGGGCCACAAACAUCACCAUCAUCAUAGGAGUGCGAUGACGAAUGGCGUCAACAAUAACUAUGAGUGGCCCGACUACACAAGUUCAGAGAGCGACAGUGAGAGUGAAGUGGAACCCAUAGUGGGUGGAACCCAUGACACCGACUCAGCCACACCCACUGAAGAAAUCAACCAGCCAAUGUUAACUGAUACUCCAUCCCCUGACCAAUCACUAUCCGCAGAGAACACAGACAUGAAUAUUCAUGAGGAACAUCAUGCACAUGUCACCAAACAUAUGCAUCGAACUCUUCCAGAGGAGGACCAAACCGCACACCGAAUUCUUCAUUUACUGUCAGAAAUCGGCCAUUCCAAUUUGGUGGAGAAGGCGCCUUUCACGGAAAGGAACUUCCUACCAUGCAAGUUCUGCCAAGGGCCAAUCCAUAUUGUUUAACAGAUGUACAAUCUAUGUAGAUAUGUACAUAAACUGAAUGAUAUUGUAUAGACACGACGACUGGGUUGGGGUAUGCUGGAAACCCACGCCACUAAACUACCUGCUUUGUUUGUGAGGAGCAGACUCAAUAACCAUGCCUUGACUAACAAACUGACCAUCUCAGCGUUGUCCGAAUGUCGGACCAGACUACAGAAAUCUCUGGGAAUGGUCUGAGGAGCAGCAUGUGAAUGUGUGUGGUGGUGAUCUUCCGGAUUUAGGAUGGACU